AUCGGCAGUAGUUAGUCGCUGACCGCCGAAGAGAUCGUUUCUUUAUCUCUCUCAAAAAACGUUCUCUGAUUCACGAUCUAAUAUAUAUAAUAUAAUAAACAGAAUAUAAUAAACAGAUAUAAUAAACAGAUUUGAAUAUAAUAAACAGAUUUGAAUACAGAGGAACCGAUUUAGAUUCAUCUUUCGUCGAGAAAAAUAAUAUAAAUGUUCGUUAAUAUCGGUUUUACACUCAGUUCGCAAUACGAUAUGCUGUGGAGAUAACUCUUUCUCAGUUUCUGUUACUCUCUUACACUUCUUUUAAUUUUCACUUGAAAAGAUAAAGAAAGAGAAAAAUAAACAGAAUUUUUAAGUAAAUCGAUCAACGAUUGAGGAAAUUUAAAAGCCGAAAUGAUGAAUACAAUAGUACAUGCUUUAUACAUCACAGCAUUAGUGGCAUUUUUCACGUACACGAAUGCACAGGAAAGAUGUGUGACGCCUACGAAAAGCAGUGGUAUUUGUAUGAACAUAAAUAAUUGCACACAUAUUGUUAACAUUUUAAUAAAUCAAAAGCCUUUAACACAAGAAAUGAUUGAAUUUCUAAGAGCAUCGCAAUGCGGUUUCGAGGAUAGGAUUCCAAAAAUUUGCUGUUCUGAUCAAAUAACAACAUCUGUUACUUCUACGGAUUUAUAUGUCGAUGAAUUUACCGAUCCUCCAGAUGUAUCAAACCAUCCAAACUUACGAAUCUUAAACCACGAUAUAUGUGGUCCUCUGACUAAAAGUAGAAUCAUUGGUGGCAAUAAAACUAGUGUCUUUGAUUAUCCGUGGAUGGCUCUUCUCGCUUACUCCACAGGGAGAAAAAAUCCGGAUUUUCGAUGCGGUGGUUCCUUGAUUACUAAACGAUAUAUCCUUACAGCUGCCCAUUGUGUUAGCUCUUUACCUAGCGAAUUAACGCUGGUAGGAGUGAGAAUAGGAGAGCAUGAUCUUAGAACAGAACGUGACUGUGAUAAAGAUGAAAAUGGGACGGAAGUAGCUUGUGCGGAGAAAUAUCAAGAUUAUGAUAUUGAAAGUACACACGUUCAUCCGGGAUACACGAGAACAAAACUUCAAAAUGAUAUCGCCCUGAUACGAUUGAACGGCGAUGUUGAUUUCAGACCUAGAAAUGUUAAACCAAUCUGUUUACCAAUUAGUAAUACUGGAACACUUCCGAGAAAGUUGAUCGUCACAGGCUGGGGUGCGACAGAACUUGGAACGCGAAGUAACGACCUGUUACAGCUUGGUCUGACACCAAUAGCCACUGAAGAGUGCAAAGAGAUUUAUAAGACUAAAGCUGAAAUUUGGUACAAACAGUUAUGCGCUGGUGGAAAAAAAAAUAUGGAUUCUUGUUUUGGAGACAGUGGUGGACCUCUUCAAGCGCCUGGAUUGUACAAUAAUAACGCUCGAUUCAUUCAAUAUGGGGUUGUCAGUUUCGGAUUGAAAAACUGCGGUACAGAAGGUUUCCCAGGCGUUUAUACUAAUGUUAGAUAUUAUAUAGAUUGGAUUUUAAAUACUAUAAGGAAUUAAUUUAAUCGAUUACAUAUUAUUUUGUACUUUUUUAUUAAAGUUUUUUUUUGUAAUAGUAACACUGGUGUUGUUACAACAAAUUAGAAAUUAUUCCUAUUUAAUCAAUUAUUUUUAAUUUCCUAAUCAAUAUAUAAAUCUCGUACCGAGAAAUAUAUAUUUAUAUAAAAAAAAUACCUUUGUAAAAAAAAAACGAAAAUAUUUGAAUUACAAUAUUUAUGUAUUUACUUCAACGUAUUGUUUGAUAUAUAAACACUUCAUACAAAUAUUAAUAUUUAAAUAUAUUUAUUUUUUAUGAUGUAUACAAAUUUAGUCUCUACGUAUAUGUAUAUCAUUAGAAACGAAUGAAACAUAGUUCAUUAUUUAUUGCAUAUAUUAUAAUAAAUUACAGUUUAUGGGAUAAAGACGAUCGGAUUACAUAAUGACUAUAAUAAUUAAAACGUACCUCAUUUUUUCUGUUUUACGUAAAAAAAAUGAGUACGACUAAUCUGGUUGUAUUUACAUAAGGAUUACAUAAAAUAAAUGGCCAUAAUAAAUGCA